CCAGUGAAUGAACGAAUGAAUGAAUGGACGAAUUCGAGUCCUCCGUGUGCCAUCUCUGGUAAGCUACCGACAACGUUGGGCCUCGGUUUCCCCAACUGCGCGCCUAGAGCUAACGCCGACCCCGCUACCGGGGGUGCACUGAAAGAGGCAGGCACCAAGGGGCGAACACCGGCUUCUCCGAGCCGUGCGGGCGGUACCACGGCGCUCCCCCGGGGCGGGGGAGACGGGGCGGAGAGGGGGCUCCCCCGCUGCGGCGCUAUUGGUCGCGCCCGUCGCCACCCGGCAGUAGUUGCCGAAGUCAGCCCCGCCCACUUCCUCUUUCUCUUGGAGCGGGCGGCGGCGGCAUCGGCGGCAGCGGAGGCCUGUGCGGAGAUGGCCAAGAUAAAGGCUCGAGACCUUCGCGGGAAAAAGAAGGAGGAGCUGCUGAAACAGCUGGACGACCUGAAGGUGGAGCUGUCCCAGCUGCGAGUCGCCAAAGUGACAGGCGGCGCGGCCUCCAAGCUCUCUAAGAUCCGAGUCGUGCGCAAAUCUAUUGCCCGUGUUCUCACAGUCAUUAACCAGACUCAGAAAGAAAACCUCAGGAAAUUCUACAAGGGCAAGAAGUACAAGCCCCUGGACCUGCGGCCGAAGAAGACGCGUGCCAUGCGCCGCCGGCUCAACAAGCACGAAGAGAACCUGAAGACCAAGAAGCAGCAGCGGAAGGAGCGGCUGUACCCGCUGCGGAAGUACGCAGUCAAGGCCUGAGUGGCGCACCGUCAAUAAAACACAGCUGGCUUAA